CAUUUCCCGGUCAAGCAAUAAGCAUGCCUCCUUUCCUUAUGUCUACUCCCUAGAGCUUUGAACAAAGCUUUAAUUUUUGUUCUCCCCCUUUCUGUCUUCCUUUUCUUUCUAAUUCUUCCAUUUCUGAGGUAGAGAACCAUGUACCCAGCAUCUUCGUCUCAAAAACCCAUGGCUCAGACCGGGUUAACUCGUUACGGUUCAGCGCCGGGAUCUCUUCUAACCACCGCCGUCGAUUCCGUCAUCGGAGCUAAUUCUAACCUUGUCGGCCACUACUUCUCCACUGACUCAUCGUCUUUAACAUCAGAGUCAACUUGUAAAGUCAGCUCAUCCAACGAUCCACAAGAGCCUAAACCUGCUGCUCCUCCUCCCCAUGGAUCUUACCCCGCACCUUCUUCCUCCUCUUUGCUCAGACAACGUAGCUCUCCUGCUGGUUUCCUUAGUCACCUCAAAACCGAAAAUGUCAUUGCAGGUUUCUCUCUUACAAGGGGCACCGGAAAUUACAGCUCCCAAGCUGAUGCUAAUGGUGGCCAUGGAGUGUCAAGAUUGAAGUCUCAAUUGAGUGUCACUAGACAAGAUUCUCUUUCUCAGAUAUCUGAAGUAAGUGAGAAUCUUGUUGAUGGUGUUAUCUCUAGCAGUAACCAUCCAAAUGCUGCACAUUCAUUUGCUACUUCUGGGUUUGGAAUGGAUUCAUGGGAUACAAAUACCAUUAUGUUUUCUGCCCCACCAGGGAAGAGAGCUAAAAAUAUUGAUAGCGAGAUUUAUAACUGUCUAAAUGCCUUGGAAACUCAGUUUAGCCUGCCCCAAACAACACUUGAGAUGGCUACAGUGGAAAAGCUGCUACAUAUUCCUGAAGAUUCUGUGCCCUGUAAAAUCCGAGCAAAGCGUGGCUGUGCCACUCACCCUCGAAGCAUUGCUGAAAGAGAGAGAAGAACAAGAAUAAGUGGGAAGCUGAAGAAACUACAAGAGCUUGUUCCUAACAUGGAUAAGCAAACGAGCUAUGCAGACAUGCUUGACUUGGCUGUGCAGCAUAUUAAAGGCCUUCAAAAUGAAGUUCAGAAACUCCACAGAGAACUGGAAAGUUGUACAUGCGGAUGCAAGGAAGGCUCAUGAUGGUUGCUAACCAGGUGUAAGGAGACAAUCACUGGUCUGAUUUCCAAAAUUUGAAGGUGUGGAUAUGCUUAGUGAAUCCAAAACGCAUUUUGUUGUCUUUGACUUAAUAAUGCUGCAAAGUAGAGUUAUAGAUUUUGAAAAUGUAUAUAAAUUAAAGUUGCAUUGUUCCCUAGUUUAAGAUGAGAGGUAGAGUUGAAAAAUGAAAAAAAAAAAAAAAACACAAAGAAA